AUGUCGAACGGAGAACAAACAUCGCAAGAGACCAAUGGAACGGAUAAAAGUCUCACUGAGGAGAAUGUAAACAACGUGCCCCAGGAAGCCAACAGCAGUAUCGACAGAUUUGCUCAAUCGACUCAGUCAGAAGACCCUUAUUUUGCUCACGCUGGGAUGGGGGACCGUUCAGAGCAUAAUCGCGAGCUGGCUCGCCAAUUGGAAGAAGCAAACGAGGUUUUGAACAAAUGA